GGUAUCCGCCUCGCUCCACAUGUCUAUGCCACUCCGCUCGUUCCACUGGUUGCCGUGGAACGUGCACUGACUGAUUCACACGAUGCAGAUGUCUUUAUUGUUCCGGUGAACUUUGUGUCCAGCGAAUCAAAUACCGAUCUGGAUGUGAUCUUAACCGCGCUUGUUGGUGUUCCACGUCGACUUCUUCUCAUGGCUCAUUUGUGGGGAUCUCCCGCCGGCUCGAUUCGAGGGUUCAGCAUUCAACUACUUGAAGCCGGAAAGUUACACGACGCGAAACCACCAUACUUGUUGGCCACUCCAACGAUGCUGUCUAGUUCAUUCGCCUCAAGAAUGCCGUUCGAUGCCUCUUCUCAGUCCCAUUCGGAUAGUUUUCCACCCAGUUUCUCUUGGACACCGCGAUUCAAAGUGUUGGUACCAAGCUUUUCCGGUCGUUUGCACGCUGUGUCACUUCCUCUGGGGCAACUGAACGACCCGGUUAUCGGAAAUCGUCACAGUUGGUAUUCCAGUUCGGGGUCACAGACUUCCUUUGCUCAGUCGUCUGUUCUCACAGAUUGCACGGACCUGGGUCCCACCAACAACGCAGUCGCUUGUUCUCUUCUGAUAGACACGAGUUCACGUCUGUUGAUGUUCCGUUUGAGCCCCAGGGAUCGUCAUGACUUAUCCACACAAUCGGGGGUACAUUUGUUGUGGACAUACGACCCACAAAUGGAUCCGGAUUUGAUCCACCUCCAUAGGGAUCAAGUUGGACAGGUCAUUGUGAUUCAUUGUGAUCCCAGGAUUGGGGCAGCCGGUCAAUGGGCCGUGUAUCCGACCUCAGACGGGUUUUUGCAUGCCGUCAAUGUGAGCACUGGAUUGACCAUUUCUGGUUAUCCGCUCCGGAUUAUUGGACUGCAUGCAAUCGCGAAUGUGACAUUCUCAAUGGGUCCCGGGAUGAUCUAUUCCACCCCGAACGCAGAAACAUGGCUGUUGCUCUCUGAUACAGCCGGAAACCUGUAUCACGUGUCGAUGUGUCAGCAGAAGCCAUCGGUUGUGCAAACGGAUGUCCAUUCAACCGAUGGCUUUCGUCUAUCGGAUGUGCGGAUUAUGCCGGCCGCAUUCGUUCGUCUGGAGGAGACAGAGGCACAUGGAAGAAAAUUCACACUUUCAAGACAACUACUCACAGUUUUUGUCCUGUCCGCCGGAGGUGUGGCCAUCAUCGAACCGGACGCGUCACGAGCUCGGACUAGUCGUAGUGACUCUCAGCUGCUUGUUCCAACUCAGGAUCUGGUCUACUUUGUAGAUCCCAGCACUGAACGUGCAGUGAAUCGACUGUAUCUGGAAAGUGAUCAUCGCGUGAUUCAUUAUCGAAUUCACAAUUGUUUGAUAUGGGAUCACUAUCAGAUGAACUCAAGUCACAAUCUAGACAUUUUUGAUGCUCCAACAGUGUACAUAGCUCAGGUGGUUGAUGCCUUCGGUGCACCUCUAUCGGAUUGGUCCGUAGCACGAACGCUCUCCAAAUUAACAUCAACAUCUGAUGUCGUUUGUGGCGGUUCGGUGACCGUUACUCGGCCCAUACUCGGUUCNUAUCUACUCGUCGUGGACCGUCGAACCGGCCUCAUCCGUGCUCCCGAAGCCGGACACUUUUCAACCUAUCAGCUAACCGCAACCACCAUGUUGCAUGUGGAAACGUUAUGGCCUCAACUAGUCAUAUUUUGGGCCUACAUGCCUAUCCUAUACUUGUUCGUCGGAAUGGCCGUGUUGUGGGUCGGUCAACAGUCGCAGUCCAAUUGGUUUGCCAAAUCCGCUUCCCGCUUAAAAUUUUCACAUUCCGUGUAA